GUGCGUGCGCGUGUGUGUCUGAUUGUGCAUCUCUAUGAGUGAAGUGACUGCACAAUGUGUUGAUGAAGAUUUUUGUUGUUGGGGUGGCCAGUAAAUUUUUCUUGAUGGACAACUAGUGCGCGUGUGUACGUGCAUGUGUGCGUAUAUUUGUUUGUGUAUUUGUGUGUCCACAAUAGCACACAAACACCCACACACAAACACAACCAAUAGCGCAUCAUAAUUGCUCAAUAAUAAGUGUCUUCUGUGAUGAUGAGCAAAUUCACCCGAGCGUAAUAGAUAGACUCUGGCACGCAAGCACUCACAUAAACACACACACACACACCGAUUGGCAUACAGGCAGAUGAGCGCACAAAAUAAUAACCUUGUGUGUGCGCGCUCUCAUAAAAUUCUCUAGAUCAAAAAUUGUUAUUUCGUGUAUUGUGUAUACAGUUCGUUCAUGUUGUUGAUUGCGGCACGUUAUCAUUAUCAGCAUCAUCAUCAGCCUAUAUGGUAUAUUUACUGAAAAAAAGAGAAACCAAUUGAUUUUUUUCCAACUUGAUGAUCCGUUAUUUUGGUGGUAUCCUCAAAAUGAUAAUUUCGCGUUAUAAGUAGCCCCCGUUUGUUUGUGUGUUCUCCUGCGGAUUAUUGAAUCAAUCGAUUAUUUGACGAGUGAGCGGAAAGUACAUGUAUGCAUAUAUAUUACACACAAUAUUCACUGUGAGAGAGAGAGUUGGUUAACUGUAUCAGGAUUUAUUUAUACAAUAUGAAUAAAAUAUCAUAAACCGCGCACAUGUCACAAUCACAAUCUACAGAUACUAAUCGUGAAACUCCACUUUGUUCUGAUGCUCAAAGUAUUAUACCACGUUUUGAAGCUAUCGAUUCAAUUGGAGGUGUUUGCACCCCAGUAGUAACUGAAGAACAAACAAAAUGUAAUGAUAGUCUACCAAAUCAAUAUUUUGAACAGGAUACUAUAACAGCUGAAGUGAUUCCCACUCCUCCCACGCCUCCUACGAAUGCUGCUACCACCACUACUACUCAAGAAUCUUUCAUCAUUACAUCACCAUUGUCAUCGCCACCGACUAUUGAACCUUCUCAACUGCCUAAAAUAUGUGCAAUAGAACGAUUAUCAGACGCAAAUAUCCCUACACAUUUGUCACCCAGUACAACGAUUGGAUUAUUCGUUGACAGUCAGUUCACUUGUAUGACUACAAUUAACACCAGUACCUCAAAUCCUACAACAAAUGUCUCAUCCAUUACUACUAAUACAACCAGCACGACGACGACCACCACCACCACGACAACUACUACUACAACUGUUCGACGUCCUCGUCAUAAACCUGCAGAACGACGAGAACUGCUCGAGUUAGCUGUCAAUGAUGUCUUAGGCUCACAGAUAUCUAUGCGUCGUGCUGCACAAAAGUAUAAUUUAGCCAAAUCAUCUCUGUGCGAUUAUGUGCGUAAAAAUGGGAUUAUUCUACCAAAUUUACGUUUUAAAUCUUAUCAUCAAACGCUGUCAGGUUCAACAAAUAAUGGUAGUGGUAGUGGUAAUACUACCUCGACGAAUUCAUCACGUCAAACGUCAUCUACGCCAUCAGCAUCAUGUAAACGUGCUAGUUCACCAGUUGACGAUCAGACAAAUACCGCCUCGAUGAUAACUCCUCCUUUGCCAACAAAACUCUCCUGUGGAAUAAAUCGGAAAGUUAAUAUUGGUAGAACAAGAAAUGUGGAUCAUCCACAUCAUCAUCAUCAUCAUCCUAAUAGACAACAAACAAAAUUAUCUGGAAGAGGUAUAAAUCAGGCAGAGAAUUUAUCCUUUCCUUUAGAAAAUACUAUCAGAGGUGUAUCUUCUGCAAGCGCCUGUGAUAUGAAUUGUAUACGUUCGUUAAUAUCAUGUGAUCGAGCUGGUGUAGAUUCUUGUUCAUCUGAUAUGUGUUUCUCAUCAAUGAAUCAACGUUUUGGUCAAAAUACACCGAAUCAAAGCAAUUUAUAUAAUAGUAAUAAUAAUAACAACAAUAGUAUAUCGAAUAUGACCAAGUGUUUUAAUACUCCGUGUAAAAUUGGUCGUAUUGAAAGUCCUUGGCAUAAUGCUGCCGGUUUGCCUACACAAGUUCCAAUGCGUUCAUGGACUACAAAUAAUGCAUUUACUGGGUCAUUACAACAACAACAACAGCACCAACAAUCGUCGUCAUUAUCCUCUGAGCAAGAAGCAGCAAUAAACAUGACAUCUACAUCGUCUUUCAUAACAUCUACAAAUAAUGCUACCGGUAUAUCUGGGAAUCCUUUAUUAUUACAUUCGGAUAUUCUAGAUGAUUCUUCUAUACUGACGACGGCGGCGGCGGCGCCUACUUCUACUUCUACAACUCCUACUCCUAUUUCUACAACUGUAAUGAAUAAUUGUAAUCUAUCCAAAUUAAAGUUGAAUAAUCUCUCUCAGACAAUAAGUAUGAAUCAUGCAUGCCUUUCAUCGUUAACAAAUAAUAAUAAUUAUUUAAAAGUACAUUCUACCGAUAAUAUUAUGAGUAAUGAUCAUAUACAAAGUUGUACAAAUGAUAGUUCAACUAAUCGAUUAUUAUCAUUUAAUCAUGAUUGUUUAUGCCCUACAGAAUUUAUGAAUGAUGUUAAUAUGCUUACAAAUUUUCCAAUUGAUUCUCCUGCAUCUCAAUCAUCUGUUGAAUUUGAUCGUCGAACAUUUUUAAACGAAGAAUCGGCUAGAUCUCUUCUGCAUAACACUUCAGAUCGAAAUCUCAACGGACUUUCAGAUUGUGAACAGUUGAGAUCGAUUGUAGACAGUACAUAUACCCAACAACAACAACAACAACACCAUCAACAUCAUAAUCGUAGUACAAACGAAACUUCAACCAAUCGGAUUUCAUUCUCUUCACCCGCUACAAGUUCUGUUAACAAUUUGGAUUUAUCUAAUUCAAAUAUAACACGAAACUUUUUGUCUACACCGCUUAACAACAAUUAUUCAGCAUCGAAUUGUCAAACACCUUCCAUUGAAGGUACAAAGUAUUCAAGGAGUACCACUUGUUCAAGUUCAGAUAAUACCGCCUUAUUAUCAUCAUCUGAAUUGAGUGGUGGUAUUGUUGGUGGCGGUGCUAUCGAUCGGUUUAUAUCAUCGAAUCCUAGUGCAGCCUCUGCUCUCUACUCUUUUCUUGGUCUUGUAUCCAGUGGAAGUAGUGGUCAGGUGAAUUCAUCGUGUUGUCCAUCAACUACUCCGCUUUUUCAGUCGAAUUUAUUAUCUUCUAUUAGUCAGGCAGCUGUAGCCGCCCUACUCUUACAACAUUCGCGUACAGCAUCCAACGUUCCAGUCUAUCCUACUGCUUCUGCGAACAAUUCACUUCCUUUAAAUUGUACCAAUCAUCCUAAUUCACCUGUUAUCCUCACCUCUUCUUCAUCAUCGACAGCAGCACACUUUCAUCCUGUAGACGUUGUCAAUCAGACCAGUGUAACAGAUAAAUCAUUUAAUAAUAAUAAUAAUAACCAAGUUACUCAAUCGAUUCCUACACCCUUCUCAACAAGUCAUCAUCAAUACAAUAAUAACAAUACUACUACCAGUAGUUCAGAGUUUAUAAAUUCCUCCUUAAAUCUUUGUGAUCAACAAUUAAGUUUAUUGAAACAACUUCCAAGAUUUUUGAUUGGAUCUAGUGGUGUUGGAACGACUUCACCACCACCGACAACAACAACAACGACAGCAAGUGGAAUUGAUAUUCUGCCACAGUUGCCUACUCCUCAUCAUCAAUCUGCUGCUCAAUCUUUAAGACAAUUAGCCAACGCUUUAUUCUGGAGUUCAUUAGGAUCAAAAGCUAUUGAUUUAUUAUCAACAUUUGAAUCGGAUCUAUUACAGCAACAGCAACACCAGCCAAGUCAACAACAUCAACAACCAUCUCAACAGCAACAGCAACAACAAUCCAUAAAUCCAUUAAAUUGUUCAAAUCCUCAUUUUUCACAUCAUCAUCAUCAUCAUCAUCAGCCUACUGUGUCAAAUUCAUCUGUCUCGACAACAGGAUCAAAAAGUGAAAGUGUCAACUUUCAGAAUAGUAGUAAUAACCCUAUAAAUAGUGCAAGUUAUCAAGUUCAUUCUAGAGAAGAUUCAGAGUCGAUUAAUAAAACAUAUCAUCAUCAUCAUUCAUCGCUGUCAUCAUCAACAGCAACAACGUCGUUAUUGAAUUGUGAAAAUCUACCCAAAGAUCAGUUACUACUUCCACUGCAUUCCUCUUAUCCUAAUAGUAAUAUUAAUAAUAGUAAUAAUAUGUCUGCGCAUGUAGAAGGUCUCAUCAACUUUAUUAAUAAGUCGCCAACUCCAUUUCAUGUUAUACAUAUAGUUCGACAUUUGUUGAAUUCUCAUGGUUUUCGUGAACUUGUUGAAAAUGAACCAUGGAGUAUACGACCAAUGGACAAAGUGUAUGUUACUAAAAAUGAGUCAACUAUUAUUGCAGCAGCUAUUGGUGGUCGUUAUGCACCUGAGAAUGGUUUCACUCUACUCGGUGCACAUACAGACAGUCCAUGUCUUCGAUUGAAGCCGAAUUCGGAACGUUUAAAAGAAGGUUAUAUUCAGCUGGGUGUUGAAACUUAUGGUGGUGGUCUAUGGUAUACAUGGUUUGAUCGUGAACUGACGCUAGCUGGACGUGUAAUUGUUCGUGGAAAUGGUAGUGGUGCUGGCGGUACUGCUACUGAAGGACGAUUAGAACAACGUCUGGUGCAUAUCAAUGAACCGAUCGCUUGUGUUCCCAGUUUAGCAAUACAUCUUAGUCAAGAGAUUAAAGCCCAGGGAUUUAAUCCAAAUAGUGAACAGCAUUUGUCACCAAUCCUGUGUACUAGUAUAAUGGAACAGUUACACAAUCCUACUCUUCAAGGUUUGAUGAACACGGGGUGUGUAAACAGCUCAACCAAUCCAUGUUCUAAUACCUGUCCUCUCCCAUUGCCCAAUAAACACUCUCAUCAUCAUCCGCCAGCAUUAUUACGUUUAUUAAGUGAACGAAUUGGUGUCAGCGAACAAGACAUUGUCGAAUUAGAAUUAUACUUUGCAGACUCACAACCAGCACGUGUUGGUGGUAUUCACAAAGAAUUCAUUCAUGCUCCACGUUUAGAUAAUCUAUUCAAUUCUUAUGCUGGCCUCCAUGGUUUCAUUGAAUCUCUUCCAAAUUUGUCAUCUGAGUGUAAUAUGCGCCUAUUGUGCUUAUUUGAUCAUGAAGAAGUUGGAUCCACAUCAACCCAGGGUGCUAAUUCAGCGUAUACAUUGUCAGUUAUGCGUCGACUUGUCAAAUCCCUAGAUACAUCUAAUCUCUCUGCAUCAAACAACAACAACAGCAAUAAUAAUAACUCAGAAUGUCAUAAAUGUUGUCAUAGUAAUAUUGAUUUUUACUUUGAACAAUCCUUGGCUAAAUCAUUUUUAGUGUCAGCUGAUCAAGCACAUGCAGUUCAUCCAGCCUGGAGUGAACGUCACGAAUGUUAUCAUAAGCCACAAUUACACAAUGGUGUUGUUUUAAAGUAUAAUACAACACAACGUUAUGCUACAAAUGGUUUUACAGCAGCAACUAUUCGUGAAAUUGCUCGAUUGGCUAAUGUUCCAGUUCAGGAAUUUGUAUCUCGACAAGAUAUGCACUGUGGUUCUACUAUCGGUCCACUGUUAUCCUCUCAAUUAGGUAUACCAACAGUGGAUUUAGGCUUUCCACAACUGGCUAUGCAUUCCUGUCGUGAGCUGUGUUGUACAUCAAGUGUUGAACAAGCUGUCCGUCUGUAUUCAGCCUAUUAUGAAAAUUUAUCAAAAAUAUGGUAUUGUUGUAAUAAUAAUCAUAAUAAUGAUAAUAAUAAUAAUGACAAUAUGAACACAGAUGAAGAACAAAAACAGUCAUCCAGUCAAUCGCUUACAAUGUCUAUGGAUUAGCAUUAAUGUUAUCAAGGAAAAGAAGCAAUUGAAUCGAAUUGGAUUGAAUCGAAUCCAUGGAACUUUUUUGAUAUAUAGUUAUUCUUAUUCUUAUUAUUAAUAUUAGGGUAACUAAUCUUGAAAUCAUAAAGAAUCGCACAAAUGAGGAUAUACACAGUGACUCUCCUCGCCCUUUUUUAAAAAAAAAUUUAUUUAUCUAAUCUGUAUUUUGUCAUACAAAAGGCGGUUUUUCUUUGUAGCUUUCAUUGUCCUCUUGUGUCUUGUCAACCUCUGCCGUCGUUGUUUGUACCCCUACCCGACCCGUCUGUCUCUUGAUGUGCCUUGCCACACACACACACACCCUUACGCACACAUACACACACACAAUGAUGGAUUAUCAAUCCUUAGGAUAUCUUUGUAUUUUUCUUUUCAUCAAUUCUCCCUCUUUCGCCUUUUAGCUGUGUGUUUUUGUAAUCAUUGUAACUUGUCACUGUCAGUCCCACACACACACACUCUCUCUCUGGCUGUCUCUACAGUGUGUACUCAAUGGUAUGUUUCGUCCAUCAUAUGUAUAAUUUACUCAACAGGUCACUCCUCUGUCUCUCGUCUUCCCUCCCCCCGCCGCCCCUCCCCCACAUACGCAACUACUGUCCGUGAUUCUGAUAAAACAGGUAAUGAGAAGGGAAAAAUGUCUGUUCAAAGUCUUUCAGAAUCUAUGGAGAGUAGUUGUAAAUUCUUAUUAUAUUAGCAUUAUUUUUUAUUAUUAUUAUUAUUAUUAUUAUGGAGUACAGACCUGUUUCGUUCCCGCCCCCUCCUCUUGCGGUCAUCGCUCUCCAUUCCGUGUUCCUUCCCCGUCCCCACCCCCGCCGUCUUCUUCCUCCUCUUCCUGUCUGCUUUCACAAUGUUUAUCUGUGUGUACUACUAUGUAUGAGCAAAUCCUCCAUUUCAUAUAACGAUAAAAAAAUGAAGAUUAACAAUUGGACAACUUUAUUGUUUUAGAUAUAUUUCCGGAGCAAUCAAUCCGUCACUAAACUUACUCACUCAAACAUGACAUGAGGCAUGAAUGGGGAGAAAAACAACUCCGUGUCUCUAACUGGAAUAUGUCUGUUUUUCACAAUUGUUUUGUUUUUUAUAGAGACGCGAGAUAACGCGCACCCUUUUUUUUUAAAAAAAAGGGUAAUGGGUGGUUGAUGAAUAAAUUGAAAAUUAUAAUUUUUUGUUGUUAUUAUUAUUAUUAUUGUUGUUGUUGUUGUGGUCUUGUUGUUUUUGAUCCCUGUUGUUUUUUUUCAAUCGUUUUUAUUGUUUUUCUCUCUCUCUAUCGGUUAUAUCUUGUUUUUUGUGAUCGAGAAUGAUUCACUCCCAGUCUGAAUAUAAAUAUAUACAUAUUUAUA